AUGUGAUCUUAACUCUGCUUCGGCAUACUAAAAUUUCCCUUCGGGGAACCAGUAAUCACAGCAAUGUGAUCUUAACUCUGCUUCGGCAGACUCAAACUUCCCUUCGGGGAACCAGUAAUCACAACAAUAUGACUGAAAAUGUGCUUCGGCACACUAUUAAUGGCGUGAUAAAUACCGUUGACUCUGAAACUCAGUGGGUCUGUAAAAAUUUCGACAAAAACCAAUUUUAACAGAAAAUAUAAUGGUGAUUGCCAUGUUGAUACUGAAACUUUCCUAAUUCUAUAACUGAACCUAAUUAUUAUUUACAUACGUAUAAGUUGAGGCUAAGCAAGUUCAAUGACAAUAAAACUAAUAUUCGAGACAACAAUUCCAGAAGUCCACCCUAACUUUAUUGUUUUUGAGCAUUGUUGUUAUCUAUUCAGUCUGAGUCACAUGCAGUCAAUGACUGCGUAAGGAAAGUCCCAGCAAAUAUUACGGUACAAUUUCAGGCUAACAUCUCCUCAACAUUGCAUUCGUCCAUCUAUUACAGCUAGAAGAAAUGAAUCGUUUGUUGAAUGACGAUCCUCGAGUUACAGCGAGCACCGAAGGAAUCGAUGAACAUUUUGAUCCAGCGUUAGAGAGUAAUUACGUAUGUCCCAUCUGCUUGCUUGGAUUGAGAGAACCAGUACAAACGCAGUGUGGACAUCGAUUCUGCAGAAACUGUAUUGUACGUUUGUUGAGAGAUGCUGGAAACAAGUGCCCAGUUGAUGAUGUACCUCUCUCAGAAUCCGGACUCUAUCCAGACAACUUUGCCAAGAGAGAAAUGGGUAUGUUCACUGUAUGGUGCAGAUACCACAAAGAAAGAGGUUGCCCAUGGAAAGGAACACUAAAUGAACUGGAGAGCCACCACAAAGAAUGCCCAAAAUUCAAGACAACCUGCCCGAAAUGCAAAGAAAAAGUUACUAAUGAAGAGCUGGCCAAUCAUCGUGAGAAAGUCUGCCCAAAAGAGAGGAUCAAGUGCCCGCUGCAUUUUAUGGGAUGCAAAGAAGAGAACUUUAUCCCAGAAGUCAACAAGCACAUUGCUUCAAACGUUGCCAGCCAUAUUCACGAUAUUGUUAAAGCUGUGAAGGAACUACAAAUCAAAGUCGAUAACCAAGCUAAGCCUACUAAAGCCGUCGAAGAGGGAGCGCGUGGAGGUCAAAAGAGCAGCGCUGGCUACAGUGGAUACUCUGAAGAUCGUCUCUUUGAGAACACAAUUCUGUUGCAGCCCGAUUUGAAGAGAUUGAGUGACAGGAUGACACGUCUUGAGACUCGUGUGAUUGACCUCGAGGGGCGUGUGUCAAAUGGGACAUUUAUUUGGAAAAUUGACAACUAUGAUCAGAAUCGCGCUCGAGCUCUCAAUUAGUUAGCAUUUUUAGUUUUUAUUUCAUGGUCCAUGUGACUCUGCUCUAUUAUGACUUGUGGAAAAUACGCCUAGUUAUGUAAAUUUAACCUUGCAUAUUUUGACGUAUCACAUAGUAUAAAAGAGCUAGCUUACCUAGUUCUGGGGAGAGUUUUGUAAGGACAUUUUGAAGUACAAUAAACCUGUUGUGUUUCCUAC